GCACCGGAACCUGGCCGCAGCGCCUAUCUGUGAAGCAAGUAUUAAACCUCAGAACAGGGGCCGUGCGGCGUAAGGCAGGAGAGCAGAGCGGAGGUUUCAGGGAGUUUCGUUUGCCCUCCACACUCACAAGAGUCAGGCGUUAGUUGCUACACAGCUGUAUCUGUCCCACCCCUUGACUGGCACUCCUGGGGUAAUAAAAGCCCGCAGGAAAUGCUUGGGAAGAAAAAUUGCUGGGGAUGAAGAGUGAAGAGAAUUAGGGAGACUCGAUGAAGAAGGAAGACUGAACCAUAAAAGGACAAAUAAAAUUCACUGUCUCUACCCUCCUUCCUUCCAUGAGACCUUUGACCUUUUGUCUUUUCUACCUCUUCCUCACUUUCAGCCACAUGUCAGACUUUUUCUUAAUUACAAACUGAUAGAUUGUCUGUAUCUCAACUAACGGUAUUGAGGCUGUAAGAGCAUCAGAUUUGAAACAAAUCUGUAUUAAUGAAGAGUGACUGCAUGCAGACCACAAUAUGUCAAGAAAGAAAAAAAGAUCCCAUAGAAAUGUUUCAUUCUGGACAGCUGGUAAAAGUCUGUGCCCCAAUGGUUCGAUAUUCAAAGUUGGCUUUUAGGACACUAGUAAGAAAAUACAGUUGUGAUCUGUGUUAUACGCCAAUGAUAGUUGCCGCUGAUUUUGUCAAAUCUAUAAAAGCCAGAGACAGUGAAUUUACCACAAACCAAGGUGAUUGCCCAUUGAUUGUUCAGUUUGCUGCUAACGAUGCAAGACUUUUAUCUGAUGCUGCUCGUAUAGUCUGUCCUUAUGCGAAUGGAAUAGACAUUAACUGUGGUUGCCCUCAGAGGUGGGCAAUGGCAGAAGGUUAUGGGGCUUGCUUAAUAAACAAGCCAGAGCUUGUUCGAGAUAUGGUGAAACAAGUAAGAAAUCAAGUGGAAACCCCUGGAUUUUCAGUUUCUAUUAAAAUAAGGAUCCAUGAUGACCUUAAAAGAACGGUAGAUCUUUGUCGAAAGGCUGAAGCAACAGGAGUUUCCUGGAUUACAGUCCAUGGAAGAACUGCUGAAGAAAGACAUCAGCCAGUGCACUACGAUUCCAUUAAAAUAAUUAAGGAAAAUAUGUCUAUACCUGUGAUUGCUAAUGGAGACAUCAGAAGCUUAAAGGAAGCAGAAAAUGUGUGGCAGAUUACUAGGACAGAUGGUGUGAUGGUUGCAAGAGGACUCUUAGCAAACCCGGCCAUGUUUGCUGGAUAUGAGGAAACCCCACUGAAAUGCAUCUGGGACUGGGUUGAUAUUGCUCUUGAACUCGGGACUCCUUACAUGUGUUUCCAUCAACAUUUAAUGUACAUGAUGGAAAAGAUAACUUCAAGGCAGGAAAAAAGGGUAUUUAAUGCUCUGUCAAGCACGUCAGCAAUCAUAGAUUACCUUACAGACCAUUAUGGCAUUUGACUAGACUUCCCAAAUAAUUUUAAUAUAUACUUUUAGACCCACAGUGAAACCACAGGUCAUAUUUUGUACUUUAAACUAGUAGCUCCCAAAUUUUAGUAUAAAAACAAUCCCUGGGAGCAUUUUUUAACAGUCAGUCAUAGACCCCACCCUCAGAGAUUCUGAUUUGGUAGAUCUGGGGUAGACCCAGAAAUAUACAGUUUAAAGAAAACUCCCGGUAGUUCAGACAUCCUGAUCAUCCUAGGAAAACAUUGACAAAUACUGCUCUGAAUACUGUUAUAUAGAUAUUAGGGGGAUGGGUAGAGUGGGAAUUUUUUCCUAAAGGAAUCAUGUUUUAUCAUGUUUUUAACAUUUUAAAAUAAAAUUUAUUUCAAUAUUAAGAAA